GUCGUCUUCAUUUGCAAGUUCUACUACAUGCAGUGCAAACGGUUAUACAAGUUAUCCAGUAAGUUGAAUUUCACAUAACCACAAGAAGUACUUGCCUCUUACAGCACAAUCGAAUCUAUUGCUGGCUUCCUGGGUCCCGGGCCAGGUCAUGCCCCAACGUACGGUGGGAGUUGCUUGGCAAGGACACCUGUAGACGACUUGAGACUCCCCUGCAGCUGUAAUCCAGGAUUCCAGGACCAAUCUCAACUUGCGCGCAAGUUAAUCGUGAAGUACACUCGCCGCCAUGAGUUCUCAGUUCGAGCAGUCACGGCUUAUUUGGACACCUGCCUACCCGUCUCAUGCCGUCUGCGAGAAACUCAGGCGUGAGAUCAACCUCAAGCACGGCCUGAAUCUCAAGGACUACCAUGACCUGCAUGCAUACUCGGUGUCUAAUUACACUUUCUGGCUCGACCUCUGGCAAUUUAUGGGCAUUGUGUCCUCCGUUCCCCCAGAUCCCACCAAGAUAGUCCAAAAGGGCAAAUACGAAGAAGUUCCCGAAUGGUUUCCCGGUGCACGGCUCAACUACGCGGAGAACCUUCUCUACCGCAACGACGAUGGCAUCGCGUGCACAGCAGGCAAUGAACUCGGAGUCGUGGCGCAUUAUACCUUCCGCCAGCUAAGAGAGAUGGUGCGUAAAAUGGCAGCCGCAAUGCGCGCGAAUGGAUUGAAGGUUGGAGAUAGGGUUGCGGCUAUAAUCACCAACUCCAUCACCGCAGUUGUGGUUGCUCUUGCCACUUCCAGUGUAGGGGCAAUCUUCUCCAGUACUGCAACCGACAUGGGUACCCAGGGGAUACUUGAUAGGUACAGACAGAUCAAACCGAAGUUCAUUUUCACAGAAACGGAGAUUGUAUACGCCGGGAAGACCCUCAACCUAGUGCAGAAGGCCUCAGAAGUGGAGCAAGACCUCCGCACGUCUGGCGUACAGCGCAUCAUCACCUUGCCAAGUGUGAAGACAGGAAAUACCGUCCUAGAGUCUCUUAACAUUCCCAACAGUAUUACAUUAGAAUCGUUCCUUGCAUCAGGCGACAACCUACCGUUGGAAUUUGAGCAACUACCUUUCAAUCAUCCAUUGUACAUCCUAUACUCCUCGGGGACGAGCGGUCCCCCGAAAUGCAUAGUCCACUGCGGUGGAGGUGCCCUCAUAAACAGCAAGAAGGACUGUAUGGUUGGCUUCGGCAUCCUCCCGAGUGACGUCUAUUUCCAAUACACUACAACGGGCUGGAUGAUGUGGCCGUUCAUGCUCACGGGUCUUGCAUGCGGUGCACGCAUUGUCCUCUACGAUGGAUCGCCCUUCCACCCUGACCUCAGGGAUUAUCUCAAGUUCAUUAAUGACCAGGGCGUCACGGUGUUAGGCACAAGUCCGCGUUUCCUGACUGAAGUCCAGUUGAGGGGUAUCAAACCGCUUGACAUUGGAUCCUUCGAAGCCCUCCGUGAGAUGACAGUCACGGGAGCGGUGUUGACUGCACCCUUGAUGGAGUGGACGCACGAGGCGUUUGGGAGGAAACUGCAUAUCGGCUCAUCUUCGGGAGGGACAGAUGUGUUUUGUGCAUUUGUUACAAGUAUUUUGAGUGUCCCACUACAUGCUGGAGAACUUCAAGGCAAAUGUCUCGGCAUGGCCGUUGAAUUAUUCGAUCCCACAGGAAACAACAUUGAGCACACUGGUCAGCCUGGCGAACUUGUCAUCACACGCCCGCAUCCAUCGAUACCUGUUUGCUUCUGGGGUGACGAAUCUGGCAAGAAGUUCCGACAGGCAUAUUAUGACAUGUACCCAGGAGUCUGGCGUCAAGGCGAUUUUGUGGUCAAAAAUCCGAAGACCACAGGGUUCAUCUUCCUAGGGCGAAGCGACGGCGUGCUCAAUCCCUCCGGUGUCCGCUUUGGCUCAGGGGAGAUCUACACCGUCCUAGAGUCUUUCUCUGACGAGUUCGACGACUCACUGUGUGUGGGCCAACGGAGGACACAGGACCAUGACGAGCGCGUUCUUCUGUUCGUGAAGAUGCGCUCAGGGCGCACACUCACGCCGGCCCUCAUCGACCGCAUCAAGAGCGUCAUCAAGACUAGCCUCAGCCCGAGACACGUCCCAGCCUACGUGUUCGAUACCACGGAUAUCCCGUACACUGUCAAUGGCAAGAAAAUCGAGAUUGCGGUGAAACAAAUUGUUUCGGGGACGAAUCUAAAGCCGAGUGGGACGGUGGCGAACCCUGAGUCGCUUGAUCUGUACUAUAAGUACAGGGAUAUUGAAGGUUUUGUAGGCGCGAAGGCGAAGCUCUAA